UGUCAACAAGAACUCAGAAGAAGUGCCUAGCCAAGAAAAGUUCGCACACUACGUCGAAAGAGAAAGGGACUGGAAAAGCGAAAAAAAAUACCUCUAUCAAUUCUAAUCAAAAUAUGGCGAGCGUGUGCGCGAGUGGACGAUUUUAGUGAGAAAACGUCUUACGCUCUCGGACCGCUCAGUUUGUUUAUGGUGUGACAACUAUUGCUAUUCAUCUUCGUGGAGUGAUGAUGAUGAUGAUGUAACUGAGUAGUCCUGACUGUGCUGCGUGAGUUCUGCUUAUUUUCAAACCGCAUGAGUUGGUAGAUGCUCGCAUCUUGUUUCAACUGGCAAAUUUAGACUCUGCUGCCAGUUCUGCCGUACAAGACGGGGAGAGAAGCAGACGCAUCACUAAGACGACAGCCGGCACAGCCGGCGGAGAGUUGCUUUUGAGCUUAUGGCGUGAGAAUGUUUGUGUACCAUGGGUAUAGCUUUAGCUUGUUGUGUGGCUCAUCAGUGCUCGUAGCGGAAGAUUUGUAACAUGCAUACAUUAGCUCUCUUGUUGAGGAUACGCAUACGCAGACUUCGAGACAGUUCUUUGUCAAUUCAGAACUCUGAGGCGCCAAACCCUGACAUUGCCGUGCAGGGUGACUUGCGAACGUCUCUAAAACCCUGACACGCAAAACCCUGAGACUCGUUGACGCGUUUGCAACCCCGGCAACCAAACCCUGACAUUUGUGCCCUUUUUCGCCAACCCUGAGACUCAAAACCCUGGCACGUGUUCAAAACUUUGAGACUUUGCGGUUAGCGGCGAGCCCUGAGAUUCCCUGGCUUCCGCCUUAAAACCCUGGGAAUCUUGGCCUUUGUUUCCGCCCCCCUUGAGGUUCGCCUUGAUUCGCCUUAAAACCCUGACCACGGACCCCGAUUGUUGUCGAUUAUUAAAAAAGAGGGAAUAAAGACAUGACGCAUAUGCCAUAGGAAGUGGCCUCCAAUAUCAACAUAUCAUCCUCCACGCUUCAUUUACAUUGAUCGAGCACACAGCGACUCGUUUAGGAGGUGGAGUUCGAGAUGGUGGGAAUGCAUCAUGCGGUUUAAUCGCAAACGCUCUCGUGAAAACGAAGUUGAGGCCUUUGCAGAACGGCGAUCCAAUAUCGGCUAUCGACCUGAUGGCAGAGAUACUUCGAGGCAACCCCUGGAGCUUGAAAUACAAAAGUGGCGACAAACGUUUUUACAGCUGGACAACGGAAGCUUUGCAAUUGCAGUGAACGUUGCAUCAUUGAUUUUUUACGAAAGCAGACGGAGAAUGUGAAAGCGCUAAAAAAUAAAGUUGUAAUUAUACUUAUUGAUGCUACCACGAACGUAUCUAUGAUGGACACCUUCCUAGAGAGUCAAGUCCACGAAAGAUGCAAAAAGCAAACUAGUAGUACUAAAGCAACGGUACAACAGGUUGAGAAAUUAAGAAAUCUUCUGAUGAAGAACAAAAAUAUAGAGACAUGGGAAGCACUCAAGCAAUGCAUGUAGCAACAGGACAGUAAAACAAUGAAAAAAUGUCGUGUAUCCAUCUGAUUACAGUUUCAGAAAUUCAGUAGAAAAGUAGCGUCCUUUUUUUCCGAAAUACGAGAACAUAUGAGUAUAUAUAAUAUAGAUACAUAGUCUUUCAUGUAGUCUUUUCCUCUGACGUACAAAAGUACGCAUAGCUAUCGUGUUAUGAAUAUGUAUGUGCAUUAUAGGGCAUGAUAAGACGAUGGAUCAUUAUUACAACUACCAUGUGCGUAUUUCAGCGUCAUGACGAUCAACAGAUGCACAGUUGUACUGUAGGGUAUCUCGCGUGUUGAGUUUCACAGCAGCCUGCACGUAUCGUGCGCCAAUGAAGGCAGC